ACUGAUGACAUCACUGGUUCCCGGGAGCGGAGGAGCUGGAGCUGGAGCCGGGAGGGAACCUGGGGCUGCCUGGGCUGCAGACAUGGAGGGCCGGGGCGACGGUGGCAGCAGGAGGCCAGGGACCCGGGCUGGCUUGGGCCCCCUGCCCAUGCCCCAUGGGAUUUCACAAACUGGGGCACCCUCCAAGCUCCCAGCGAAGAAGUCAGCCCCAGUGCCCUUGGAACCGCGGUUGGCUCUGACGCCUGUGGGACCACGAGCAGCAGUUCCACCUUCCUCAGAGGGUCCAAGGCUGGCUCUGGUGUCUCCCCGACCCAUCUUGGCUCCAGCGUCCACCCCUGGAGGGAAGAAAACAGCUCCUGCCCACCGCCGCUCCGGCCUAGCUCCAACAUUCAUGGGCCAGUUGGUGAUGUCUGCCUCGGCUGGGCCGAAGCCUCCUCCUGCGACCUCAGGCUCAGUCCUGGCUCCGACGUCCCUGGGGCAGCUCCUGAUGCCUGCCUCAGCUGGGCCAAGGCCUCCCUCAGCUACCCCGGUGCCUAGGCUGGCUCCAUUGUCCAGGGACGAGAAGCAGGUGCCACCUGCCUCCAUGGGACCCAAGCCAGCACUGGCUGCUUCAGGCCUGAGCCUGGCCGUGACAUCUGAGCAACAGCCCCCACAGCCCCCCUCCAGCCCUUCCCCAGGGCCCAGUCCAGUUCUGUCGCCAUCUCAGGAACAGCUCCUGUCUCCAGCAUCCAUGACACCAGCCCUGGCCUCCACAGGAUGGACACCAGCUAAACAGAGGGACGCUCCAGCCCCUAGACCUCCCCCCCAAUCUGAAGGGCAUCUCCCGGCCCCAGCUCAGGCAUCUGGUGCUGUGAGCUCCCCAUCCUUGAUCCAAGCCCCCCCAGAUCCUCGGGUCUCCCCCUCCUUCAGAGCCCGGCCCGAGGUCCCCCGCAGCAGCCCUGAGGAUCCUGUCUUGCCCCGGCCACCCCAGACCCUGCCCCUGGAUGUGGGCCAGGGUCCUCCAGAGCCUAGCACUCGCUCCCCGGGACUUCUGUCCCCCACCUUUCGGCCAGGUGCCGCCUUAGCCCAGACCGUGCCCCCACCUCUGCCCAAGCCACCUCGGUCUCCCAGCCGCUCCCCCAGCCGCUCCCCCAACCGCUCCCCAGGUGUCCCCCCAGCUCCUGAGAUGGCCCUCCCUAGGCCUAGCAGCCAGGGUGCAGGGCCUGGUGAGCGUCUGAGUCCCAGCCUUCAGCCCAGAGAAACUCCGGUCCCGGUGACCACCUCCUCUUCUACACCCACCUCGUCAUCCUCCUCUUGGUCAGCCCAGCCCACCUGCAAAAGCGACCCUGGCUUUUGGAUCACUGUGGUCACGUGGAACGUGGGCACCGCCAUGCCCCCCGACGAUGUCACGUCCCUUCUCCACCUGGGCAGCACCAGCGAUGACAGUGACAGGGCAGACAUGAUCGCCAUAGGGUUGCAGGAAGUGAACUCCAUGAUCAACAAGCGGCUCAAGGACGCGCUCUUUACGGACCAGUGGAGCGAGCUCUUCAUGGACGCUCUAGGGCCCUUCAACUUUGUGCUGGUGAGCACCGUGCGGAUGCAGGGCGUCAUCUUGCUGCUGUUUGCCAAGUACUACCAUCUGCCCUUCCUGAGGGACGUGCAGACUGACUGCACGCGCACUGGCCUGGGAGGCUACUGGGGCAACAAGGGUGGAGUGAGUGUGCGACUGGCUGCCUUUGGGCACAUGCUGUGCUUCCUGAACUGCCACCUGCCGGCCCACAUGGAUAAAGCGGAGCAGCGCAAGGACAACUUCCAGACCAUCCUCAGCCUCCAGCAGUUCCAGGGGCCUGGCGCUCAAGGCAUCCUGGAUCACGACCUCGUGUUCUGGUUCGGAGACCUGAACUUCCGCAUCGAGAGCUAUGACCUGCACUUUGUCAAGGUUGCCAUCGAUAGUGAGCAGCUCCACCAGCUCUGGGAAAAAGACCAGCUCAACAUGGCCAAGAACACCUGGCCCAUCCUGAAGGGUUUCCAGGAGGGGCCCCUCAACUUUGCACCCACCUUCAAGUUUGACGUGGGUACUAACAAAUAUGAUACCAGUGCAAAGAAGCGGAAACCAGCCUGGACAGACCGUAUCCUGUGGAAGGUCAAGGCUCCAGGUGGAGGUCCAAGCCCCUCAGGAAGGGAGAGCCACCGGCUCCAGGUGACCCAGCACAGCUACCGCAGCCACAUGGAAUAUACCGUCAGUGACCACAAGCCUGUGGCUGCCCAGUUCGUCCUGCACUUUGCUUUCAGAGACGAUGUGCCUCUGGUGCGGCUGGAGGUGGCAGACGAGUGGGUGCGGCCAGAGCAAGCCGUGGUGAGGUACCGCAUAGAGACGGUGUUCGCCCGCAGCUCCUGGGACUGGAUUGGCUUGUACCGGGUGGGUUUCCGUCACUGCAAGGACUACGUGGCUUAUGUCUGGGCCAAACACGAGGAUGUGGACGGGAGCACCUACCAGGUGACCUUCAGUGAGGAGUCACUGCCCAAAGGCCACGGAGACUUCAUUCUAGGUUAUUACAGCCACACCCACGGCAUCCUCAUCGGUGUCACUGAGCCCUUCCAGAUCUCGCUGCCUACCUCGGAGCCGACCAGCAGCAGCACAGACAGCUCGGGCGCCAGCUCGGAGGAUGAGGAUGACAGCACCCUGGAGCUGCUGGCACCCAAGUCCCGCAGCCCCAGCCCCGGCAAGUCCAAGCGGCACCGCAGCAGGAGCCCAGGCCUGGCCCGCUUCCCCAGCCUCGCCCUGCGGCCCUCGUCCCGGGAGCGCCGGGGCACCAGCCGAAGCCCCUCGCCCCAGAGCCGCCGCCUGCCCCGGGCAGCCCCCGACGGGGCCGGCAAUGGUGGCAGCCGGGGCAGCAGUGAGGAGGGGCCCCCUGGGCUACCGGGGGCCUGGGCCUUCCCGCCAUCUGUGCCUCGAAGCCUGGGCUUGCUGCCUGCCUUGCGCCUAGAGACUGUAGACCCCGGUGGGGGUGGCUGCUGGGGACCUGAUCCGGAGGCCCUGGCCUCCUCUGGCAGCCUGUCUCCCAGCCCCCAGGGUCGGCAGGGGCUAGAGGAGGGGGGCCUGGGGCCCUGAGGGUGGGGUGGGCUGGCGGGCCCAGGGGGCCCCCACUCUGCCCCAGUCUUCUGCAAACCCGCCUGCCUCCCACCGGCUGCUGCUCCAGCUUGAUCUGCACCUGCCACUCUGUUCUGGCCAGGGGUGGUCCCCCGAACUCGGUCCUGGCACCUCAACUGUGACAAUCAGCAAAGCCCUAUCCUGGCCCCCAUCUGGGAUGGGGGGGCGGAGCAAACCCAGAGGUCAUUGUUUAGGAAUUAAAUUCUCCAGCUUCA